CGCAUUUUGAAUGGGAGGAGGGAGGGAGGGAACGCCAAGCGUUACUCAGCGGGUAGCUGUUCGCGUUCAGUGGUGCUGAUAUAGUCUGAUACUUUUUUAAAGUAAAAUGUCUGAUCGUUAUGGGGUUUUCACUGCAGAGCAAUGGAUGUAAUAUUUGAAUUGUGCGGGAAAAAAUCUGUAAGAAAUACGGAAUUGCGAGUGUUCGAAAUGGGAUUAUGUCACCCGUGCGUGAGAGGAUUUUGAGCUAAACUCUGCACCUGGCAAAGAAAACAAACGUAAAGAAGCUGUUUUAUGGUCGACUUCAAGGCUUCACUGAGCAGCCUGUGGAAGCGAAUGGAAGAGUAGGGAGCCAUGCCAAAGAUCUGCACUCAGCAGUCCUCUGCCUCCCCUAUGAUAGUUGACGCACGUGAACAUGGCCUGGAGCAGAUCGAGAGCGGCGACGAGAGGGAAUAUGAUCAUCAAAGAGACUCCUCUACUGGCACAGGAGCCAUGGCCAGAGUGUCCCGGUUUGUGCAAGGCUGGAUGCCCUUUGGCCAGGGAGAGGAGCGCCGAACCUCCUUCAUGGAGCACUCCCAGGUGGAGAAGCUCCAGGACACCUGCUCCGAGACCAGAGAGCAGGCCCUCCAUUUACGCAGAAGGAAUCAUAUCAGCCAAUGGCCUCUCGCCACCUCCAAUAUGAACAACUGCAACAACACAGACGACAAAAAAGAUGACAAAAAGGAGGAAAUAAAGAAAGAUGAGAAAAAGGACGAGAAGAAAGACGAGAAAAAGGAUGAGAAAAAGGAUGAAAAAAAAGACGAGAAGAAAGAUGAAAAGAAGGAUGACAAGAAGGAUGAGAAAAAGGACGACAAGAAAGACGAUAAAAAAGAUGACAAGAAGGAUGAGAAAAAGAAAGAAGAACCUCCGAAGGAGUACUGGGUUAUGGAUCCUUCUACUGACUUGUACUACCACUGGCUAACAAUAGUCGCAGUCCCAGCAUUUUACAAUUUGAUGCUGCUUAUCACAAGGGCCUGUUUUAAUGAACUACAAGCAAACUAUACCUAUCUUUGGAUUUCUCUCGACUACUCGUCGGAUCUGCUCUACUACCUAGACACCUUUGUGAGAUCAAGGACAGGUUUCCUGGAACAAGGCCUGUUGGUGAAAGACAUAGUGAAGCUAAAAGAACAUUACAAGAAAACAACACAGUUUAGAUAUGACGUGUUUUCAAUGCUCCCAACUGAUUUACUCCUGAUAGUGAUGGGCUAUGACAAUCCUGAGGUUCGUUUCAACCGCCUGUUCAAAAUGGCAAGGCUCUUUGAGUUUUUUGACCGGACUGAGACCAGAACCAACUAUCCCAACAUUUUCAGAAUCAGUAACCUUGUGUUGUACAUCUUGAUCAUCAUCCACUGGAAUGCCUGCAUCUUCUUUGCCAUCUCCAAAGUCCUCGGCUUCGGUUCCGACACCUGGGUCUACCCAAACAUCAGCCACCCUGAGUAUGGUCGACUCGCCAGAAAGUACAUCUACAGUCUCUACUGGUCCACCCUCACCCUUACCACAAUUGGAGAGACACCACCGCCUGUGAGGGAUAUUGAGUACCUCUUUGUCGUUGCUGACUUCCUGAUCGGUGUGCUGAUCUUCGCUACCAUUGUCGGUAAUGUAGGUGCCAUGAUCUCCAACAUGAAUGCUUCCCGCGCAGAGUUCCAGGCAAAGAUUGACUCAAUCAAGCAGUACAUGCAGUUUCGGAAGGUCACCAAGGACCUGGAAGCCAGGGUCGUCAAGUGGUUCGACUACCUCUGGACAGAGAAGAAGACCUGUGACGAGAAGGAGGUGCUGAAGAACCUUCCCGACAAGCUCAAGGCCGAGAUUGCCAUCAAUGUGCACAUGGACACGCUCCGGAAAGUACGCAUCUUCCAGGACUGCGAGGUGGGUUUGCUCAUUGAGUUGGUGUUGAAGCUUCAGCCACAGGUGUUCAGCCCCGGUGACUACAUCUGUAAGAAGGGUGAUAUUGGACGCGAGAUGUACAUCAUCAAAGAGGGCAAGCUGGCUGUGGUGGCAGACGAUGGGGUGACACAGUUUGUUGUAUUGAGCGAUGGUGCCUACUUUGGCGAGAUCAGUAUCCUUGGUAUCAAGGGCAGUAAGGCUGGCAACAGGCGAACGGCCAACAUCCGAAGCGUGGGCUACUCCGACCUCUUUGCCCUCUCCAAGGACGACCUCAUGGAGGCACUCCUGGAGUACCCCGAAACAAAGAAGGCCAUUGCGGAGAAGGGGACAGCCAUCCUGAUGAAGGACAACCUGAUAGACCUGGAAGCGGCCAAUGCGGCCGGAGACCCCAAAGACAUGGAAGAGAAGAUCGGCCAGCUUGAGAACAAUUUGGAUGUCAUGGCUGUCAAGCUGAAGAAGUUGAUGAGCGACUGGACAGAGAACCAGCGCAGGAUCAAGCAGAGGAUCACCAAUAUGGAAGCCAGGUGCAAAACUCUGAGAGAGGAGGAUCUCUCAGAAGUUGUGGCAGAUAAGAAAGAAGAAAAGAAAUAGACUCACACAGUAUUACAAUAACAUGCCUAUAUACCAAAAAAGGAUCGUAAGGGCAUUUUUCUUUUUGAGUUAUUCAUUCACCUAAUAUAGUGAUCCACCUUUCAAAGGAACUGUAUGCAUAGAAAUAUACUAUGUAUUGAUACUCAUAGUGGAAAGGCUGUGAAGAACAGAAUAUUUGUGAAUUUUUCUUCUUCUUUUUAAAACACGGACUACAUCUGAGUUUAAUACAGGACCAAUCUCAUAUUUACCCCAGUUCAUUUGUUUGAAAAUAAAACAAAAAUACCUGACAGAAUGUGGUCCGCUGUGUAUUGUUUAUACUCUUGUAAAUGUCAGAAUUUUCAUUGAAUAAAAGCUGCUUUGACAGUUCAAA